AUGCGUUAUACUUCGUUGCUUCUCGGCGCCUUUGCUACCCUCGCCGCAGGCUCAAAUGUCGAACGAACUGCAGUUCCAAAGCACUGCACCAAGCUUCCUUCGGACCUCGAACUCAAGAACCAGACAUACGUCCUUCCUGAUCCCUUCCACUUCCUCAAUGGACGGAAAGUGAAGUCCACAGCACAGUGGCAAUGCAGGGCAGCACAGAUCCGGGAGCUGUUUGAGAAAUAUGAGCUGGGUUACAAACCAUCCAAGCCACCAGUCUUCUCCUCGAUGUUCUCGAAUGACACCCUCCACAUUGUUACCGGGUUGUCGGACGAUAACACGAUCACGUUCUCUGUCCCCAUCGACCCUGCUAGCAAGCAGACGAAGAAGAAGAAAGCGCCAGCAAUCAUCGUCUACGGCGGUACUACCGUACCAAUCCCACCCCAAGUCGCCACCAUCACGCUCAAUGUCGACGCCAUCGCUCAGCAAAACGACCAAUCCAGCCGCGGCGUCGGCCUGUUCUACGAUCUGUAUGGAAGUUCGGGCGACACCACUGCCGGCGCGCUGAUGGCUUGGGCUUGGGCCUCCUCCCGCAUCAUCGAUGCCCUCGAAGCGCAUCCGGAAGUCGGCAUCGAUCCCCAGCGUGUCGCAGUCACAGGCUGCUCCCGCAACGGCAAAGGUGCCAUGGUCGCCGGUGCUUUCGAUGAGCGUAUUGCCCUGACCAUCCCACAGGAGUCGGGCUCCGGCGGCGACGCAUGCUGGCGCACCAGCCGGGACAUGCUGGUGAACCAAGGCCUCCUCACGCAAACGGCACAGGAAAUCGUUGGGGAGAACGUCUGGUUCUCCGAAGCCUUCGACUACUUUGGCCGGGACAACUACACUGUCGGCCUGCUACCGGUGGAUCAUCACGAGCUGGCCGGGCUAAUUGCACCACGUGGUUUGUAUUCCACCAGCAAUGUCGGCUUCCUGUGGCUGGGUGGGUGGAGCUGCUGGGAGUGUAUGAAUGCUGCAAAUGACAUUUUCACGGCGCUCGGAGUGCCAGAUCAUCAGGGGUUCUCGCAGGAUGGGCCACACGACCAUUGCGCUUUCCCGGAUGACCAGCGGAGCGAGGUCGCGGCGUUUUUUAGCCGUUUCUUGUUGGGGCGCGAAGCAGAUACCAAUGUGUUCAGGACGGUAGGGAACUGGACUUUCGACCCGAGCUGGACGCCUUGGGCUGUCCCGGAUCUAUCGUAG